CAGCUUAACCAAGAACAGCCCUUAUGUCAUAAAUGGUGUUGGCCUACCUCUGAAGUUAUUAUUUUUUUACACUAAGUUUUGUUAAUCAUCCAUGCACUAAAUUUUGGGUGAAGAUGGAGAAAUGGUUAUCACCUGAAGAAACUGGUUUUGACACAUCUUUGUUCAAGAUGACCGUCGCAUUAACCCCCAAAUUGGUGGAGCAGUAUCGGGAGCAGGUAGAGAGCGAGUCAAACUCCCUGCUGGCUAUGAAUGCCUGCUUUAAGACAGAUCCAUUAGAGAUGUGUGUACGCCGUAGUAAAGUUAUUGCAACUAAUCACAUAUUUACCCAUAAGGUUGAGAGUGAGGGACGACCUAUUACUAAUCAGAAAUCCUCUGGCCGUUGUUGGAUCUUUGCCUGCCUGAAUGUGAUGCGACUUCCUUUUGUCAAACAGUUCAACUUGGAAGAAUUUGAAUUCUCACAAUCACAUCUCUUCUUUUGGGAUAAGAUAGAGAGAUGCAACUACUUCCUGAACAAGAUGGUUGACUGUGCUAAACGAGGAGAGGAGGUUGAGGGUCGACUUGUGUCCUUUCUUCUUCAUGACCCAACGUCUGAUGGAGGUCAAUGGGAUAUGAUUGUUAACCUUAUCACUAGAUAUGGUGUGAUGCCCAAAAAGUGCUUCCCAGAAUCCUUUAGUGCUGAAAAUUCUAUGAGGAUGAAUAGAAUCCUACAGAGUAAGUUGCGAGAAUAUACACGAGAAUUACGGACAGUCAUCAACAAAGGUGGUGAUGAUGCUACGAUUACCGAGACUCUCGUCCGCCAGAUGAGUGAAAUAUACCGUAUUGUGUCCAUCUGCCUUGGCAUUCCUCCUCAAACCUUCACCUGGGAAUAUUAUGACAAGUCUAAGGCAUACCAUAAGAUUGGACCCCUCACCCCACUAGAAUUUUACACUGUUUAUGUCAAACCAGUGUAUAAUGUUGAAGACAAGGUGUGUCUAGUGACAGAUCCUAGACCAAACAAUGCAUAUGGACUUGCAUACACAGUUGACUGCCUAGGAAACAUGGUAGGAGGCCGCCGGACCAUUUACAAUAAUCAGCCUGUAGAAACCUUAAUGAAUCUCAGUAGUGAAAGCAUCAAAAGUGGAGAAGCUGUGUGGUUUGGCUGUGAAGUGGGCAAGAGAUUUGCUGGUAAACUAGGCAUUCAGGAUAUUGACAUCCAUGACUAUAAAGCAGCAUUUGGUGUAGAAGUGAACAUAGGACUGGAAAAAGCAGACCGUCUCAUCUAUGGUGAAUCCCUCAUGACUCAUGCAAUGAUCUUCACUGCAGUCACACUUGAUGAAAAUGGGACUGCAGAAAAAUGGCGCGUAGAAAACAGCUGGGGUGAAGACCGAGGAGAGAAGGGAUAUCUAAUCAUGACUUCCGAGUGGUUCCGUGAGUUUGUAUUUGAAAUUGUAGUGGACAAGAAACAUGUCCCAGAUGAAGUGUUGGCCGUUUUCUCUCAGGAGCCAGUGAUACUACCUGCAUGGGACCCUAUGGGGGCUUUGGCCCGCCAAGUUACACCUCAAUUCCAUCUUUAAUUUUGAUUUUCUAGUUAAGAAGCUAAUACUUUGGCAACACUCAAUUUUGUAGGGGUUUAUAACAAAGCUCAUCGUCAUCUUAUCAGGUAAGUCUGUUACUUUAUUAAUUUAAAUGAUUGGUGAGUGAUUAUGUAAGUCAUGACUUGUAAUUACAAAGCUGCAGAUCCAAGCUUUUUUCAGUGACUGUACUUUACCCCUUAACUGACUUGACAUUAAACUACAGUUAUCUUGUAACUUUGUUGAAUGUAAAAAACUAAUUGAUAUUUUUUCACUUAAACUUUAAGUACAGAUAUUGUAUUAAUUUCUUUUUAGUGUUAGAAUAUAUUGUUAAAAGUAACUUUUCAUAUAUAAACCUAAUAUAAUAAUGAAUUCUGUAUAACACUGCAAUGUAUUGUUUAGAAAAUUUACAAAAAUUUAUCGUUAAAUUGCACAUUUAUAUCUGAGUAAUUAUUUUUAAUUAAGCUUGUGAACCAGGCAGUUACAACAAGACUAUGUAUUAGGUACAGUCAACCAAAGAUGCAUCGACCCCACCCUUGCUCUCGUACUUUCAGUUUUACUUGGUGAUCCGUGGGGUGCUGGUGCAGGGAUACUGCGUGCCAUUAUUGUAUAAGUUGAGUCUAUUACACAGUGUCUGGCCUUAACUUACAAUAAAUUAUAUUAUAUAAUGCUCAUUGUAAAGAGAAAUAAUUCCUUCUUGGAACACUCAAGAUUAAAUGUGGAAAAUGUUUUUCUUGAAAUUUGAUGGAGAACAUUGUGGUUGCAUUACCAAUUCAUUAAUAUAAUUUUCUUUAUUAUUUAAGCAAAUAUACGAACAUUUGGAAACUUGUCAUGAUCUUAAAUAACGAUGAAUAGUUUAUUAUAAAAAUGCUACCUUUAGAUUGUUUAAUAUUUAUGCUGACAGUGAUACAGCCAAAAAUAGAUCCACCAAUCACAAUCCCCAUUACAUACAGCCUUACUUUGCCAAGAAUUGCCAGGUAAAUUUAUGAGUAUGUGAGCCAGGGUGGGGUCAGUGCAUCUUUGGUUGACUGUACAUCAAGGCAAUGUGUGCAGACAUUUAAUAUCAAAAUUAUUAUAAUCUGCUCUAUCUACUGCUUCAUAUUCUCCUAAUAUGGUUUUAUCAUCAAAUGAUUAGAACAUAAUAAAUUUUAUCUUGACAAAG